AUGCCUAGCUAUGCUAAAUUCUUGAAGGAGAUCCUGUCUAACAAAAGGAAGCUGGAAGAACAUGAGACAGUCUGCCUGAACGAGGAGUGCAAUGCAAUUCUAUUGAAAAAGCUACCUCCUAAACUAAAAGACCCAGGGAGUUUCACGAUACCUUGCACAUUUGGUUCUAAUUAUUUUAAACAUUCUUUAUGUGAUUUGGGUGCCAAUGUUAACCUUUUGCCUCUCUUUGUUUAUAGGUCUCUUGGAUUAGGAGAAGCAAAGUUUACAACCAUCUCUUUGCAACUAGCUGACAGAUCGAUCAAACGACCUAAGGGGAUUAUUGAAGAUGUAGACAAUGAGCAAGUCAUAUUCAACAUGCUCAAGACGAUGAAACAUCCACUAACUUCAGACACCUGUUGUCAAGUAGAUGUUCUUGAAGAGUUGGUGGUAGAUACAUUUGAGACAGAGCAUCAAACAGUUCUUUGUAAAGCAGAAAUUGCACAAUCAGGAGCAACAAGUGCAAAAAAAACUAAAUGUGUUGUCAACCUGGCUAAGCAACAAAUAAGAAGAAGACAUUAG